AUGGAUGCUACGAAACGGCCGAUGUCGCUACCACCUGAUUUUGCUAAUUAUGCAGAAACACACAAGUUAUUUGACAUGUUUAAGUUCUUACAAGAGCAGCUUCUCAUUAAACAACCUGAAAAUCCAAUUGAAUUCUUGAUUAACCUUUUAAAAAUGGAAUUUAAAGAAGUUCUUCGAGUUAUCAUUAUUGGACCUCCUGCUUCAGGGAAAUCAACUAUUGCUAAAAUGAUAUCUAAUAAGUUAAACUUGGUCUGCAUGAAUUUGGAUAAUAUUCUUGUUGAUACUGCUGCUCAUCUACAAGAAGAAGCCUUUACUUAUCAAAGAGAAAGAAGAGAAUUACCCGAGGAUCUAUUGUUGAAGAUUAUUAUUGAUAAGAUUGAUGGCGCUAAAAUAUUGUGUCGCAUGAGGGGCUGGGUAAUGGAGGGGUUAUUGAAGUCCAAGUCAAGUAUUCUGCAGCUGCAACAGAGAGGCAUAUAUCCAAGCCAUUGUAUUUUUCUCAAGGCUCCAGACACAGUGUUGAUUGAGAGGGCAGUUGGUAAACGAGUCGACCCUCGAGAUGGAACUAUAUACCACACCACCUUUGACUGGCCUGCAAACUUAGAAAUUCAGAGAAAUUUGGUUACCAUACCUGGUUGCAGUGAACCAGAGAUGGUGAGGCAGCUACUGAAAUAUCAUCGGACUAUUGAUGAAAUAAUUUUUUGCUUCCAACAUAUAACCAAGAAAAUAAAUGCAGAUCAACCAAAAGCAGACAUUUUUUCACAAGUUUUGUCAUUUCUAAGCAGUAGCCCAAGAUCAAUGGCACCUCAUAAUCCCCGCAUCAUCUUGUUAGGCGCAAUUGGAAGUGGCAGGAAGACACAAGCUGAAUUGUUGGCCAAGAAAUAUCAAUUAAUAAAUGUGUCCUGUAGUCAGUUGAUAAAAGAGGCAAUUGCAAAGGAAACAAAAAUGGGUUCAGUGGCCCAAACUUAUCUUGACAGACAAAUGACAAUCCCUGAUCUUGCUAUCAUGAAUAUUCUUAAAGAACGCCUCACAAGGCUGGAUUGCAUGACGUGUGGAUGGGUUCUUCAUGGCUUUCCCAGAAACCAGGUACAGGCUGAACAAUUGGAAAAAGAAGGUCUUUUCCCUACGAGGGUGUUCUUUUUGGAUGUGCCCCUGGAUACAAUUCUGGAAAGAGUAACAGAGAAACGGACUGACCCUCAAACAGGUCAGCAACAUCACUUACACUUUAACCCUCCACUGACAGCUGAGGUAAUGAAAAGGCUGUGUAUAAACCCUAAACAUGAACCAGAUGUUGUGAAAGAAAAAGUUGCUGAUUAUCGUGCUUAUGAGGAAGAGUUGUCAGAUUUCUAUCAUGAAAAUGGAGUCCAUGUCAAUGCAGAUCAAGAUUACUACACAGUGUUUGAAAUCAUCCAAAGUAUUCUUGUUCAUCCUGUUGUCAAGAAAUUUUCAAAUAAAACUUGA